AUGCUGCAGCUUCAGAUUGAGACCCAAAACCUACAAGUUCAACAAGCAACUGGGUCAGACUGUCAGAGUCAUAGAAGUCGGCACAUCAGUCUUAAGAUGGCCCGCCGAUGCCUGUUUGUGGCAUCACAGGCAGAGCAGGCACAAGAGCCAAUGAACUACAAGGAGCCCCUAGUAGCGUCCAAGACUGCAGCAUACGGCCACCCAGUUCAACCCGGAUACCGAGGAGAAGUACCGUGA